CACCAUCACCCAUCAAAUAAAACCAAGCAAGCUGGGGAUAUAUCUAUCAGAGAGAAAGAAAUACCAAUCUAAUUUGACUUAUUUUGCAGUUAUGGAUUCAGAAAUAGGGAAAAACCUUGGAACUUCUCUCGUGGUACCUUCUGUCCAGGAGCUAGCAAAGCAACCAAUGACCAAAGUUCCUGAACGAUAUCUUCGUCCAAUUCAAGAACAACCUCGUUUAUCUAACACACAUUCUUUACCACAAGUUCCUGUUAUUAAUCUGCAGAAAUUGUUGUCUGAAGAUGCAACUGAGCUAGAAAAGCUGGACUGUGCGGGCAAAGAAUGGGGUUUCUUCCAGCUGAUCAAUCAUGGAGUUAAUCCUUCACUGGUAGAAGCUUUGAAGUCAGAUGUGGAAGACUUCUUCAAUCUUCCAAUCGAAGAGAAGAAACUAUUUUGGCAGAAACCAGGAGAUAUGGAGGGAUUUGGUCAAAUGUUUGUUGUAUCAGAGGAACACAAACUAGAAUGGGCAGAUUUGUUCUACAUACUCACCCUUCCAUCAUACAUAAGAAAUCCUCACUUAUUUCCUACUAUUCCCCAACCAUUCAGAGACAAUUUGGAGAGGUAUUCUUUAGAAUUGAAAAAACUAUGUGUCACUAUCAUUGAGCUUAUGGCUAAAGCUCUAAAGAUCCAACCAAAUGAGUUGCUGGAGGAUUUUGAAGAGGGAAGUCAAGCAAUGAGGAUGAAUUACUACCCUCCAUGUCCCCAACCAGAACAGGUCAUUGGACUCAAACCUCAUUCUGAUGUUGGUGCCCUCACCAUCCUUCUCCAAGUGAAUGAAAUUGAAGGCCUUCAAAUAAGAAAAGAUGGAAUGUGGAUUCCAAUUAAGCCUCUCCCUGAAGCUUUUAUCAUCAACAUUGGAGACAUGUUAGAGAUAAUGACUAAUGGUGUUUACCGAAGCAUUGAACAUCGAGCAACGGUUAACUCCGAACAGAAGAGGAUUUCCAUUGCCACAUUCCACAGUCCUAGAUUGAACGGGGUUAUGGGUCCAGCACCGAGCCUUGUUACUCCUGAAAGACCUGCAAUGUUUGAUAAAAUUAGUGUACAAGAUUACAUCAAAGGAUAUUUUUCACGCGAGCUUGAAGGGAAAUCAUUCAUUGAUGUUAUAAGGAUCCAAAAUCCAGAAUGAGUUAUAAUAAAUUGCAGUGGGCUUCCAUUGGAUGGAAAAAUAAAUAAUAGAGUUCCAGCAGUAGAAUAUAAUAACAAUGCAUUGACUCACAGUUCAAUGAUUAAACAUGUUAUCAUGGAAGCUAAAUUAUACAUGAAUAAAUUUACAUUAUGGUACUUAAUA